AUGGCUCGCUCGGCCACAGUUCCCCUGACCGACGUGUACGAAUCAUUAUGGUCUCACCGAGACCCACGGACGGCGGGAUGGGGUUUCAUCGCCGACGCCAAGUUCACCUUUCCGCUGCUCAUCGGGUACGUCUACUUCGCCAAGGUGGCCGGUCCCCGCUGGAUGAAAGACCGCAAGCCGUUCGACCUCAAGUGGGCGGUGCUCGUCUACAACGCGUUGACGGUGAUAGCCAACGCCUACUUCGCCGUUCGCUUUCUGUCGCUCACUUACGUGGGCGGCAACUACAGCCUGUUCUGUCAGGGUAUCAACUACAGCUCGCCCAGCGAGAGGGACAUGGCCAUCCUCAACCUGGGCUGGUGGUACAGCUUCGUGAGGAUCGGCGACUUCCUGGACACGGUGUUCUUCGUGUUGCGCAAGAAGAACGCGCAAAUCACGUUUCUUCACGUCAUUCACCACUUUCUGGUCGUGCUCAGCGGCUGGUUCUUCAUCAACUUCGGCGGUGACGGCCAGCCCAUCUUCGGCCUGUGCGUAAACGCCUUCAUCCACGUCAUCAUGUACUCGUACUACUUCCUCGCGGCCCUGGGACCUUCGAUGCAAAAGUACCUGUGGUGGAAGCGCUACCUCACCGAGCUGCAGAUUGUACAGUUCGUUGGCCUCAUGCUGCACAUGGCCAUCACGCUGGUCUACGACUGCGGGUACCCCAAGUUCCUCACAAUGCUGGCCCUGCCGCAAGGCUGUCUGGGACUGGGACUCUUCAUCAACUUCUACAUCAAGAGCUACAGGGCGCAGAGGAAACUCCACGCAAGCGCCGAUAAGCUAAAGAAGCACGACUAAUCAUCGCGUGCCCAGCGUGUGCUUGAAACAGGAAGAAACUGUGAUAGAAAACCAAGGCGAUAGAAACGAAACUGACUUAAUAGUGUUAAAAUUGUGUAUGAAGACUUAUGUGUGAAAGAUGCUUUGGCUUAUUUAAAUGAAACGCUGAAAACUUUU